AUGAACAAUAGUAUUGAAUUGAAUUUAAAUGUUAUUGAAUUCAUCAAUAAUCAAACAUGUUUAUUAUUUAUAAAAACAUUUUAUGAUUUACCAUCAACAUAUCAAAUGAAUUCAAAUAUUUAUUCCAUUAUAAAAUCAUUACAUUAUUAUGAUCAUUAUUAUGAUUUAUUACAAUGGAAUAUUAUUAUACCAAUUAUUAUUGUAAUAUUAACAAUUAUUGGUAAUUCAUUAGCAUGUUUUAUAGCAUUUAAUGAUAGACAUUUAAGGCAUAAAUCAAAUAUAUUUUUUAUAUCAUUAUCUAUUACAAAUAUUAUAUAUUCUAGUAUAAUUAUGUUAUUUAAUAUCAUUUAUAAUCUUAUUCAUCCAUUAUAUUUUAAUGAUUUAAUUAUUAAAUUAUUUUUUUCAUUAGAUAAAUUAUUUUGUACAGUAACUAUAUUACAUUUAGUUGUUAUGGCAUUUGAUCGUUUUAUUUAUAUUAAAUCACCAUUAAAUUAUUCACGUUGUAUUAAAUUAAAAUAUUUAUUAAUUAUAUUAAUAAGUUUAUGGUUUUUAGCCUUUUUAAUCACAAUUAUCCCAAUUCAAUUAAAUUGGAAUCAUAUUACUGAUAAACAAUCUAUAACAAUCAAUAAUAAUAAUGAUAAUAAUAAUAAUAUAAUCAAUAUAUAUGAUACAAAUCAAAAUUGUACAAUUGAAUCAUCAAUUCAUGAAAUUCCAUUCAAACAAAUCAAUUUAUUAUCGAUUUAUAAAAUACAAAAAAAUUUUAUAUGUAUUCAUAAAGUUAAUCUAUUUUAUACAAUAACCAAUACAAUAUUUAGUUUUAUUAUCCCAUUAUUGAUUAUGAUAAUAAUAUAUACAUAUUUAUUUUUAGUAACAAAACAACAUAUUAAUCGAUUAAAUAUAUUUUCAAAUUUUAAAAAAAAUUAUUCAAAUCAUUUAAAUUUGAAUGAUCAUUUGAAUCAUCAUCAUAAUAAUAAUAAUAAACAAUUUAUUGAUUUAUUACAUAAUUCAUCUAAUUUUUUAAAAAAAUGUAAAACAUUUUUAAAUUUAAAUUCUAUUGAUUUCAAUGAUCAUAUUAUCAAUAAAUCAAUAAAAAUCUCAAUGAAUCCAUUAAAAAUUUCAACACAAUUAAAUAAUAAUAAUAGACAAUUCAAUGAUUCAUUACAUUAUAUGAAUAUAACAAAUAAAAAUGAUUUAAUAAUAAAUACAAUCAAUAAAUCAAUACAAUUUACAAAUCAUCAUUCAUAUAUAACUAUAGAUCAAUCAAUGAAUACAAGACGUAAACAUAGUUUACCAUUAUAUAAUAUAUCAAGAAAUUCAUCAUGGAAUACCUAUAAUAAUAAUAAUAAUAAUGGGAAUCAUAUAACACGUCCACAAAUAAUAAUAAAUUAUCCAGAAAAACAAAUAUAUAAUGCACAUAAAGCAGCAAUUACAUUAGGUGUAAUAUUAGGUUCAUUUACAAUAUGUUGGUUACCAUAUUUUACAAUUAAUUGUAUAGCAUCAUUUUGUGAUUGUAUACCAAAAGAAGCUAUUUUCGCUGCAACAUGGCUUGGUUAUUUCAAUGCCUGUCUUAAUUCACUGGUAUAUUCAUUAUUAAAUAAUAAUUUUCGUAUGUCCUGUGCAAAACUAUUAUGUGCUUGGCAUUACAAUCGUGAAAGACGUCAACAAUAUGGAUUAAAUCAAUUGAAACAUUUCGGUGAUACUCCUAUUCAAUUAGCAAUUGGUCGUGUUCCAUGGAAUAAAUUAUGAAUAUAUUUGUACUGUAGUAAUAUAAUCUUCUUAGUAUACAGUUAUGAUGAAAUAUAUACUUAUUAUCUCGCAUUAUAUAAUUUCACUAGUUUUAUGUUUUAAUAAUAAACUGUCAAUGAAAAAACUUAUAUGAUGAAUAUAUAUUCCUAAACAUAUACAACAGUAUGAGGUCAUAUUUUGUUCUUUUUCUUCGUUACUGUACAUAUCAAACUCUUAAAAGCAAUAAUAGAAGUUCUUUUCAUCGAACCAGUGUUUUCUGUUUUGAAAAACUAGGUAAUUUUUAACAGACGACUUUGAAUGCUGCCAUAUUAUUAAAUGAUUAUUAAAUGAAACGUUUAUAUAAAACAAUAAUUUUAAUCUAGAGAUCUAGAGGUUAAGUAUUUACACGCAAGACUGACGGUUUUGGAUUCGCGUUCAUU